CUAUAAAAUGUUGUCAAAAUCUACUGCGCAGCGACGUAUGUAGAAGAGCUACAUAUAGAAGAAGUAUAAAUUUGACAAUGACAAACUUGUGCUUUCCAAACUCACUCUGAAAAUGUUGCCUCAUUCCGGACUCAGUGACAUCACCAUGUAUGGAUUUUCCCAACAGGGAGAUAAUGGAACUGGAAGUGGAUCUUGGUGGCAUAUUUCUCCAUAAUGGCACUUAUGACUAUGACACUGACUACACAUAUGAAGAUGAGCUGGAGUCAAGAGGAGCGGCGGCAGUGCUUAUCCCUCUCCUGUUCUCCAUAGUCUUGGCUUUUGGCGUCCUUGGUCAUACUCUUGUCAUGGUGUUUCUGGGCCUGAAGAGACAGAGUUGGAGCAUCUCAGACAUCUUCGUGCUCCAUCUGGGUUUAACUGAUGUCAUUCUCCUGAUCACACAGCCUUUCUGGGCUGCUCAGACUGCUCUUCGCCUGGGAUGGUGCUGUGGCGUGUUCUGGUGCAGGAUCAAUGGAGCUUUGUUUAAUAUCAGCUUCUACUGUGGCAUGCUCCAACUGCUGUGCAUUGCCGGGGAACGGUACCUGAACAUAAUUCGCUCUGUCCAACUGUUUACCCAGAAGAAACCAUGGCUAACCCACAUCGUGUGUCUGGUCAUUUGGCUUGUUUCUAUUCUUUUGAGUAUCCCUGACUGGGUUUCAAUGCUUUAUAUUCAAGAAAAGAAUAUGGAUGGUGAAAACCUUUGCUCCUGCUUUGCCAAUAUUUAUCGAUCAAAAUGGCAAAUACCAGCCCGGGUCAUACACCAUGUGACCUUCCUACUUCCAGUCAUACUUCUCACCAUCUUCUUCUACUAUAUCCUGAAGCAGAUACAGGACUCUGCAAAAGCAUGUGAGAGGUUACGAUCUAUGAAGUUAAUUCUUGUCCUUGCUCUUGUCUUCUUUCUCUGUUGGACACCAUACAACAUCUCACUUAUCAUUGACACUUGGAAGAGCCGAUCGAAAACGUAUGUACCAGGAAAAAUGACUCUCUUGGCUACGUUAGCUUUAGCCUGUGUCCACGCCUGCCUCAGACCUCUCAUCUAUUUUGGACUUUGUGAAAAAUUUCGAGAAAAGACACUAGCUGCUGCCAAAUGUGGACUUGAAGACUUGAAUGGGGAUUUGUGGGACUUGGGAGUGGGGAGUGAGAAUAUGCCUGAUCAGAGUAGUAAUCCAGAGGAGAUGAAGCAGAUAAAUAGUAUGGGGCAACAGUCAGAUAAGGUAUGAGAUAUGAAUGACAUGGGGUUAAAACCAUUAUUCACUAGUGACCUUAAGAGGAAACUGAAGGGAAGUAAUGUCAUGCGGUGGGUGGAGGGACUGUUGCCCUGUAAUGAUGACAGAUGAAUAGUUAUAUAAACUAACCACACUCAGCACUUUAUAUGAGAAACAUUUAUGAGAAACAUUUAGUUACAUCGGUCAAAAAACUUCAGUAUCAAAAGCAUUCAAUUUGAGACACAUUUGUAUUAUAUUUUUUCUGUAUAGAUUAUGUAAAACCAACAUUUUGUACUGAGCAACAUUUGGACUUAAUACAAAAUAUAGGAUUAUUGUUGUUUUUAUAUAUAAGUAAGUAAGUAAGUCUUUAUUUAUAUAUUGCUUUUCACAGUCAUAUGUCACAAAGACGCUUUACAGAGCAUUUUAUAGAUUCAUUAUUCUUUUUCUCCACACCCGGUGGUAUAUAUUGAAAUGUAUUGGUCACAUGGUCAGAAAAUUCCUAUUUUCACCCACCCCCCCUAUGGGUGGCCACUGCUGUGUAAAUAAGUAUGAUAAAAAAAAAUAUAUAUAUAAUUAAAUCAGACUUCAGGUCAUUAAUUUAUGGGUUUAAACAUAUCAUAAUUUUUCAAUAAUAAAAACACAUAAAAUCGACUUGUUUUGGUGAAAAGCAACAAUAAAAAGACAAAGACUCUGAUCUUCAGUUUUGAACAGGCAAUAAUAAUGUUCUACAUGUGUAGCCACAUACUAAAUAUCACAUAGGGGAGGUAAAAGAAUGAUAAUAGAAUUGUGGUGUUUUUGCUCCAAACCACUGUAGCAUUUAUUUUACACAAGAAUCGUGUGAAACAUGGGAACCGUGAGUUUCUGUUGUAUUGUUUUAAAUGUAACAAAUUUGCUAAGCUAUUAAGGUAUAACAGGAGGGUAUUUGCAAAUAUCUGUUUAGCAAUGGCAAAUGGGUGGUGUGUUUUUCAUUAUCCAAGUUUUAAUUCACCAAUUUGUAAAUACCGCUAAAUAUUGCUAAACAUAUUUGAACUGCAGAAGGCAUUUAACAGGGAGUUUCCCCUCUGGUAAAUCCUGCAUUCAUUUUUGACUUGUUUGGUCUGACUGGGUUUCAGCAAAUUAUGAUGUCAGAGUCAUCUGACCAUGAGCAAAUCUGGGGGAAUUAUGGUAAAUAGCAUAUUCUUUCAGCUGCAUUCCCUUAGUAAUAAAUGCACUGUGUUUGCUAUGCAUUCAUAUUGAAAAAGCAGCCUGGAGUGAGAAAACAGUGGUAAAAACACAAUUAAUAGGCUAACUGCUACCAUUUUGUAUUGUAGUCUCUGGGGGAUGCUACAAGUGAUUAUGUGUAUUAUUUAUGUACAUGUUUAUUUUCUUUUAAAUAAACUUGAAAAUUGUA